AUGGAUAUUGUAAGCUGCGGCACAAUAAACGAUACCAAAACGUUAUUAGCUGAUCUUUUGUCAGAUUACAACAUCAACGUUCGUCCUGUUGCCAAUCAGAGUCAGGCUGUAAAUGUGACAGUACAGGCAUACAUAAAAAGUAUCCAAGAGUUCGAUGAAGUUCAAGGUAAAUUUUCUUUUAUUGGGGCAUUUUCUAUGAUGUGGCAUGACGUAAAUAUGAUUUGGAACCCUGCAUUGUAUGGAGGUGUGCAAGACGUAACUCUGCUUUAUCCGAAUGUUUGGAUUCCAGAACUAAUUCUUUUAAGUCCUUCCGAUGAUGUGGACAGACUUGGUCAGAAAUGGAACAGAAUACGCUACUUGUUUCAGGGUGAAGCUGUCUGGAUUCCGAUAGAUCUGAUUGAAAGCACUUGCUCUGUGAACAUACGCAAUUAUCCGUUUGACAGACAAAAGUGUGUGACAUCAUUUCAUUGCCUGGGUUACAACGAUUAUGAAGUACAGCUAAUUGCAGCAUCCGACAAAUUCAGUUUAGAUGUUUACCAGGAAAAUUCAAUAUGGUCAAUAGAAAAAACAAAAGUGACUGUUUUCCAUUCAGGCGCUGGAUCACAGAUUGAUUUAAUAAUAUAUUUAAAACGGAAGCCGUCAUUUGUGAUCAUCAAUGUCGUAACGCCUAUCUUAUUUCUGAGUCUGUUGAAUGUUUUGGUGUUCUUCCUGAUUCCAGAGUCCGGAGAGCGUGUUUCAUACUGUAUUACAGUACUCCUUGCAAUUGCAGUGUUUAUGACGAUCGUGAGUGACAUGUUGCCUAGGAGUUCGGAACCAGUCCCAAUAAUUUCCUUCAAACUUAUGAUGGACAUGAUCAUUAGUUCUUGUAUUGUCUUCGUUGCAAUUCAGAAUCUAAAUUGGUAUUACAGAGAUGAUAGCGUUCCUAUUCCGCUGUGGUUAAAAUCUGCAUAUAAGCGUUUGUCUUGUACAUGUUGCUGUCGCAGGAAAGUAAUUUCAAAUUCAAUUGAAAUGAACAGAAUGAACAAGAAAAACAACACAAGAACAAUAAGAGUUAAUGACCUUGAAAAUGAUCCGAUUGAGAAAAAGAUCAGUCGACUUGUUGAUGAGCACAUUGAGACUGAAGUAACGUGGAAGAAAUUGAGCCAGAUGAUGGAUUGGGUAGCGUUACUUUGUUUUACUGUGGCCUCAGUGCUGAACUAUGUAAUCUUCCUGGCUAUUAUUGCGGUGGGGUCUAGUCAAGUGUAG